AUGGCUUCCGAUCUGGAUACCAACAAAAUUAGAGACUGGCGAUCCAUAAUUACUUUGAUUGUUUUUGUUAUCACAAAUAUUAUUGUGCUAUUCCCAUUUCACGUCCCAUUCUAUCUCCCCCGAUGGCUCGUCAACAUAGUCGCAGAUGGCCUGGCUGCCCUGCGCAUAAUACCCCGGACUACCAAAUCUCCAUACCGCAAAAGAUUCGUCAAGUUUCAUUUUCCGUUAAACUUCAUCACGGCACCUUUAAUAGCAGACCUCUUUCUUUUGGCGAUCCUAGCCAUUGGCAGAGAAGAAGUACACGAUGGAACCGUGGGCGCAGACAACAUCUCUCCAAUUGAUAUUAUGGCCUUCUUUCUCACUCUGGCCUAUAUUGCCAUCUCGAUUGAUGCGUCAGGUCUGAUCAGAUAUCUGGCAUUCAAAGUCCUCCAAAAAGGAGGCGACCUAGGCCAUAGACUUUUCUUUUACCUCUACGCCUUCUUCUUCGGAUUAGGCAGCUUCAUUGGAAAUGAUCCCAUUAUCUUGUCCGGCACGGCCUUCCUCGCCUACAUGACUCGAGUGUCCAGCAAUAUUGUCCACCCGCGAGCCUGGAUCCAUGCCCAGUUUGCCGUGGCCAAUAUCGCCUCUGCUAUCUUGGUCUCCUCCAACCCAACCAAUCUCGUCCUCGCGGGCGCGUUCGAGAUCAAAUUUAUUGUGUACACCGCGAACAUGAUUGUCCCCGUCGUCGUCACAGCUAUCGUUCUCUUCCCCUUCUUGCUCUACAUCCUCUUUGCAGAUGUGUCCCUCAUCCCAGUCUCCAUCGAAAUGCAUGAGCUUUCCGAUGCAGCGAAAGCUCGAAAACCCGUGAAUCCCAAUAUUCCGAAUGCUCGAGGGACGGCAGAGGAGGAAGAAGAGGUGAACAACGAGAACGGGAAACUUCUGUCCUUAGAAGAGAUCAUGAACCCGUUUUUGGAUAAAGGGGGUGCAGCUUUUGGAGCAGUGAUCAUGGCCGCGACCCUCAUCACCAUCCUUGCGCUUAACGCGGCCAGUGACUCUGGCAAUGAACGUCCCGUUUUCUGGGUGACUUUGCCUGCUGCAUUUGUGAUGUUCUGUUGGGAUGUCGUGUGUGGUUGGAUCCACCGGCAUGAGACGCGCGAGAUUGCCGCGAAGGGUAGACAGGAAAUUGAACUUGCGAGAGCAGAACGAGAAAGAGUACAGUCACUCCAGAACUCACCGUCGCAAAUCCCACUAGAUGGGUCAGAACACUUGAAAAAUGAGUCGCAAAGCCGAGCCACCGAAGAUGGGGCUUCUACUGGUCCUACAGAAACAAGCAUCGGCACGAAAGUACCCCACGAUCAAACUCCUCUUUCAACUUCUGCACUGGUGGAGAAGGAGUGCUUUCCUGAAAUUCGUGUGCCUGGUGUCAUCGUUCGCGAUACCCAGAUAUCAGAACUGUCUUCUUCUGAGCCGGAUGCGCCCCGUCCUGUUUUGGAUGCAGAGAAGAGUGGGGAGCUUUACAAAUCAGCGAAGGAACAACCAGCCACAUUGGUUUCAAUCACCUCCAGCACCUACCGCUGGAUGCAGGAGACGUUCCCAACCGUGACGGUUGUUGUUUCACACAUGCCUUUUCCUCUGGUCCCAUUCGCUCUAUCCAUGUUCGUUCUCGUGCAAGCGCUCGUAACCAAAGGUUGGGUCCCCGUGUUCGCCUACGGAUGGGAUCACUGGGUAAGCAAAACCGGUACAGUAGGAGCAGUAGGAGGAAUGGGAUUUUUAUCUGUGAUACUUUGCAAUUUCGCCGGUACUAAUAUCGGCACCACCAUUCUCCUCUCGCGCGUUAUUCAAUCCUGGCAGGAGAUCCACAAGCUGAACGGAAUUCCCAUCAGCGAUCGUACGUUCUGGGCUACGGUGUAUAGUAUGGCCCUUGGUGUCAACUUCGGUGCCUUCAGCACGGCUUUCAGCGCUUCACUGGCCGGGCUCCUAUGGCGAGAUAUUCUGGCGAGGAAGCAUAUCCGCGUGGGGAGCCUAGAGUUUGCGCGUGUCAAUCUUCCCAUUAUUGCUAUUGCCAUGGUUGUUGGCUGCACGGUUCUGGUGGGUGAGGUUUAUAUUGUCCGUGGCACUAAGCCAUAUGACACAUGA